AAUAUCCUGGCCGAGCGGGCGCGAGAGAGGCUGAGGCUGCGCCCGCGCGGGCGCGGAGCUGGCAAGAGGGCUGCGGAGGCGGUGCCGACGGGGCCAGCUGAGGCGCGCGGGGGCUUGGGGGCGCCCGGGAGCUUGUUGCUUGCACUGUUUCUCCGGUUCGCUGGGUCCCGACGGGAGGUCCGACUGCGAAAGGCAGAAUGUCGGUGGCGGGGCUGAAGAAGCAGUUCUACAAGGCGAGCCAGCUGGUCAGUGAGAAGGUCGGAGGGGCUGAAGGGACCAAGCUUGACGAUGACUUCAAAGAAAUGGAGAAGAAGGUGGAUGUUACCAGCAAGGCUGUGGUGGAAGUGCUGGCCAGAACCAUUGAAUAUCUGCAGCCCAACCCAGCCUCGCGGGCCAAGCUGACAAUGCUCAACACAGUAUCCAAGAUCCGUGGGCAGGUGAAGAAUCCUGGCUACCCGCAGUCGGAGGGCCUGCUUGGCGAAUGCAUGAUUCGUCAUGGGAAGGAGCUGGGUGGCGAGUCCAACUUCGGUGAUGCCCUUCUGGAUGCAGGGGAGUCCAUGAAGUGCCUGGCUGAGGUAAAGGACUCCCUGGACAUAGAGGUCAAGCAGAAUUUCAUCGAUCCCCUCCAGAACCUGUGCGACAAAGACCUGAAGGAGAUCCAGCACCACCUGAAGAAGCUGGAGGGCCGCCGCCUAGACUUUGACUAUAAGAAGAAGCGGCAGGGCAAGAUCCCCGAUGAGGAGCUGCGCCAGGCCCUGGAGAAGUUCGAAGAGUCCAAGGAGGUGGCCGAGACCAGCAUGCACAACCUCCUGGAGACUGACAUUGAGCAGGUGAGCCAGCUCUCUGCCCUGGUGGACGCCCAGCUGGAAUACCACCGGCAGGCUGUGCAGAUUCUGGACGAGCUGGCUAACAAGCUGAAACGAAGGAUGCGGGAAGCCUCUUCGCGCCCUAAGCGCGAGUAUAAGCCCAAGCCUCGGGAGCCCUUUGACCUUGGAGAGCCUGAACAGUCUAACGGUGGCUUCCCCUGCGCCCCGGCCCCCAAGAUCACAGCCUCAUCAUCCUUCCGAUCUUCCGACAAGCCUAUCCGGACCCCCAGCAGGAGCAUGCCGCCCUUGGACCAGCCAAGCUGCAAGGCACUAUAUGACUUUGAGCCUGAGAAUGAUGGGGAGCUGGGCUUCCACGAGGGUGACAUCAUCACGCUGACCAACCAGAUCGACGAGAACUGGUACGAGGGCAUGCUCCAUGGCCAGUCGGGCUUCUUCCCCCUGAGCUAUGUGGAGGUGCUGGUGCCCCUGCCUCAGUGACAGCAUCAGCCUGCCCACCCUCUGUCCAGAUCGCCUGUAUUCCACUUGGCCCGAAGCGCAGCAAGGGUAGUGCUCCUCCCAGGGCCUCCUGAGGUAUUUCUGGGGCACUAGGGACUUGAGGCCGCAGGGCCAGGCGGGGAGCCAGGGGCCCUGUUUACACUAGUCCUCACCCAUAGUGGUGGGGGGGGCUCCCCUCCCCACUCCAUGUAGCCGUCUGGGGCUCCACCGCCCUGAGGGGGUUAACACUAAGGUGCUCUUAGAAACACUAACUUCAUCCUGCCUCCUCCAGGACUGGUAACUCUGGGUGGUCCCCUCCACUCAAAGACACACACUUCUCCUCUGUCCCCUUCACACUGGGGCCCAGCCCACUCUGACCCACCCUUACUGUGAGCAAAUUUUCUGAAAGUGUGAUGGGGUAGUCCAAGCAGGACCCUUGGCCCAGGCUCAUCAACCUGCUUUUAAAUUCCCCCAAAACACUCCUUGUCAGGCACCUGCAUGCCCACAGAUGCCACCUAUCUAGGAGGGCUCCCCCAGGGAUCCUCGGGCUGGGUCCCUAUGGACAGGCCCUCUCCUCAGCUGCAGUGUACUGAACCCCACACAUCCAUGCCCACCACCCUACCCCGGGCUCCCUCUGCCCCCACCUGCAGGGUGCCCUAUCCCCAACCAAGCACAUGGAACGUUUCUCUCUGGCACAAGCUGCCACUACCAACUAUGCACGCGCACACACUGACACCCCACACACGGGACCAUGGGAGCCCCCAGUUUCCACUCUGCUGAUGGUCAAGCACAAAGGCUUUGAUGAAUGAAUGUUCCCAGACCCCUGGCUGCUGGGGUCAUCCUGGGGCGGGUCACAGGGCCUCCCCCAUCCCAAGCUGGCUGCCGUCCCCCUGUUGACAGUGUUCCCAACUGUCUCCUCCAGACCAAGGUAGGCAGCUGCCCAGACCAGCAGGGCCCAGACCAGCAGGGCCCAGCCCUGCAUCCGCUUCCCCUCUUUCCUAAUCUGAAAUUGGCUCAGUCAGGGGACCUCAGGCCCAGUUCACAUUCCCUUCCUUCAGUGACCCUGCACAGCCCCGUGACACCAGGCUCUGCUCUUCCCCAAGGCCCCCCUCCCCACUGUCGGUGGGAGAGACACAGGCAUCCGGACCAAGACAAGCAGCAUAGCCUUGGUCACAGUCUAGGGCAGAUGGAAAUGUAAUCCUGAUUUUUUUUUUAAAAAAAG